AUGAAGGAGAACAAAGAAAAUUCCAGCCCUUCUGUAAACUUGGCAAACCUGGACCAUACAAAGCCAUGUUGGUACUGGGAUAAGAAAGACUUGGCACAUACACCGUCGCAGCUCGAAGGGCUCGACCCAGCUACCGAGGCACGGUACCGCAGGGAGGGCGCCAGAUUCAUCUUCGAUGUGGGAACACGCUUAGGGCUACAUUAUGAUACUCUAGCAACUGGAAUAAUUUAUUUCCAUCGGUUUUACAUGUUUCACUCCUUCAAACAGUUCCCAAGAUAUGUGACAGGAGCCUGCUGUCUCUUCCUGGCAGGAAAAGUUGAAGAAACACCUAAGAAAUGUAAAGAUAUAAUUAAGACAGCUCGUAGCUUGCUAAAUGAUGUACAGUUUGGGCAGUUUGGAGAUGAUCCCAAGGAAGAAGUGAUGGUCCUUGAAAGAAUCUUACUACAAACAAUAAAGUUUGAUUUGCAAGUGGAACAUCCAUACCAAUUUCUCCUCAAGUAUGCCAAACAACUCAAAGGAGACAAAAAUAAAAUUCAAAAGCUGGUUCAAAUGGCAUGGACAUUUGUCAAUGACAGCCUCUGCACUACACUGUCGCUGCAGUGGGAACCCGAGAUCAUAGCUGUUGCAGUCAUGUACUUAGCAGGCCGUUUGUGCAAGUUUGAGAUACAGGAAUGGACAUCAAAGCCAAUGUACAGACGAUGGUGGGAGCAGUUUGUCCAAGAUGUUCCCGUGGAUGUUCUGGAAGACAUCUGUCAUCAGAUCCUGGAUCUGUACUCCCAGGGAAAACAGCAAAUGCCUCAUCAUACUCCUCACCAGUUGCAGCAGCCGCCGUCUCUUCAAUCUACACCCCAGGCACCCACGGUACAGCAAUCGCAGCAACCCCAGGGUUCAGAGCAGUCACAGACUCAGCAGCAAAAAGAGUCACAACAGUCAGCACAACAGCAGCAGCAGCAGCAGCAGCAAACGCAAGCACAGCAACCGAAAAAGCCCUCUCCCCAGCCAAGUCCUCCUAGACAGAUUAAAAGACCAGCAGCUGUGUCUCCAAAAGAAGAAACAAAGGCAUCAGAACCACCACCACCAUCUAAAAUUCCUAAAAUUGAAACUUCCCAUCCACCGAUACCUCCUGCACAUCCGCCUCCAGAGCGCAAGCCUCCGUUGACAACCGCAGUUUCACUGGGGGAAGCGGAGCAGUCGACGACGGUGGACCCGGUGGAUAUGCCCAAGGUCCAAAUUCCUCCCCCAGCCCAUCCUGCCCCGGUCCAUCAACCUCCACCCCUGCCA